CAACGUAGCACAAAAAAGUCAGUGACAAAAUCCGUCUGGUCAUUUUUUAUUUUCUACUACUCCCAACGGAGACUUACAUACAAUAAAUGUAAAUCACAUCACCAUAGACUCUAGUGUCAAGAGGUAAUUAUUAGUGUUUGACGAAAAGAAGUUCAGUAAAGUUCUGUAUUCCGAGCCGAAAGGAGCUGUGAAUUUUGAGUUGUUCAAAAAGCUAAUAUUAGGAGUUGGGUGACCUUACAAACCAGCAAUGAAUGAACUGCAGUCGAAUAGCAACCAGCCUCCGCCGCGCAAUGAGCCGUAUCUGCAGCCGGUGAAUGGCAUCGUGCAACCGCCGGUGAUUCCGCCACCGAAUCGUCCUGGGCGAAGGACAAACAUCCUAGAAGAGCUCAAGUCCGUGCUGAAUUGCUUAUGGCGCAAUCGCUUCUCGUAUCACUUUCGCCAUCCCGUCGAUUCUGUGAGCCUGGGUGUGCCCGACUACCAUGCGGUGGUCAAGCAUCCGAUGGACUUGAGUACAAUUAGGAAGCGACUGCACAACAAAUACUACUGGCAGGCGAGCGAGGCUCUGGAGGAUUUCAAGCUGAUAUUCGAUAACUGCUUGUUGUACAAUUUGGAGGGCUCACCGGUUUAUCAGGCAGGGAAGCUUCUAAUGGAGGCCUUUUACAUGCGAAUGGAGUCCAUUGAUUUGAGCACGGAGGUGGAACUAAAGCCGAAGUCGGAAAAGCGCAAGAGAAAGGCUACUGAAUCAUUGGAUCAAGCCUCGACUUCGUUCUCAGCACCUCGAGCAUCUAACAAUUAUUCUAGACAGUGGCUCUCGAGUAGUUCCUCAUGGCUCUGUCCCCCACCGAUGCCUGGCGGGGUGUCGUCAUUUAAUCCUUCAUUCCGAAAUUUCGUGGGUCCCAGCUUGAUCCCAUCUUUUAUGCCCGAUUCCUUGGUGAAUCCCAUGCAAUCUAUGCAUCCAAUGUCAUCAAUGAUGAAUCCGAUAUUCAAGAAUAAUUGGGAGACAAAUGAAGCAAUGGAUCCACCGCCCUCAGAGCCAAUUUCCUAUCGUCCCUUGGAUUCCUUGGCAGCACCCUUACCGUCCCCUCCAAUGGAACCCAUGACUUUGCCUUGGCCAACCCCAGCACCAGUUGAAUCUCCAGCUUCAUCGCCUCCUCCGGCUCCCAAUCCACCCAUUAUCAUCUGCUACAAGUCUCUCGACCGAAUGAUUGAAAAAAGCCACUCAGAUCAUCUUCUGAAGUCGAUGGUAAAGCGAAAGCGCAAGCAGGUUACAUGGGCAUUUAAUCAGGCUGACUACUGGCGAAGGUACUCCCAGAAUCCGGACUACGACCACGAUCGCGAAGAGAAACUCGAUUGGAAGAUACUACAGGAGCGCUUGGACUCCGAUAACUUUGAGAGCUUUGAUGGAUUCGUGAGCUCUGUACGAAAGAUGUUCCAGAACGCAUUGCGUUGCUUUCCGGAAGAUGGAUUGGUCAAGGUUUCGGUGAAGAAAACCAAUGAGAUCUUUGAGAAAAGGCUGCCCAAGUACAGGGAGUUAAUUGCCACGGCCAAGGAAAAGGGGCGUCAACUGGUGGCCAGCAGGGAACAAGAUUUUCGUGACUCACAAAACCUGCUCAUUAAACAAGAAAACGCUAAUAAGAAUUUCAAAGGAUGGGUUCCAAAGCCAUUUAUUAUUAAAACGGAGUCCCUGUUUGUGCAAGAACAGCGAGUGUACAAAAUGGAGCCCCAGGAUGUACAAGAAUUUUCACCUGGUACGGAGCCGCUGGAUGACCAAACUUAUGAUAGCGAUUAAAGUGUGUAGAAUUCUACCACGGAAAUGAAAAAAAAUGAAAAUGCAAAUUAUUAUAAUUAUUAUUCAUAAAGAAUUGUUAUUAGCCUAAAAUAUGAUUCUAAUUACGAGCUACCG